GUUAUUUAAUAAUAUUUAUGUUCCUUGGUAGUAUAGUGGAGAUAUAUGUUCCUUGGUAGUAUAGUGAAAUUUGGUUUUAUAGGAGUAACACCAUAUAUAUCCUACUACAUGUUAAGUAUUUGAGUUCUGAUAGUAUUUCCUCUAUAUUUCUAGUCAUUGUUUACAUAUAUAGUUCUCAUCUUUAGAUUGUUUCACUAGUAGAGUAUAACCAUUUAUGGAUUGUUUGAAUGUGUUAAAAUGUAUAUAUGUAUCUGUUUUGUUUCAGUAUUUUAUCUCGGAUUUUGGACCGUGGGAUGACGGAAUAAAGUUCCACAUAAGCCACACUAAAGUCUGUGAAUACAUUUCUUUUGGAGUGAGAGUAUAUAGCCGAAACUCCGUCCCUUUAUCUGGGAUAAAGGGCGGCAGCCACAAUAAAAUACAACUGCUGUAGACAUUUACGCUUCGUACGGCAUCAGUGAGCGAGAAACGUCGGUGAGGAUGACGUCGCUCCUGCAGAGCCAAGUAAGUGGUAGCAGUAGCAGGAGGAGCAGACUGAGCAGGAGAUCAAGUAGAUCAGCAAAAAGUGCACUUUCUGCCCGUAGAGCCUCACUGGAAGCUAAAAAGGAAAAUGAAAGUAAAAUGCUAAUGUUGCUAAAAGAGGACAAAGAAGCUAAACAAGCCUUUCAUCAAAAUAGGAAGGCUGUUCUUGAACAAAAAAUAAAGACUCUUGAGCUUGAACAAGAAGACAUGGAAAAUGCCUAUCUUAGUGAGCAGAAAGUGAUUGCUGCUCAAAAGUCAAUAGUAGCUGCGGACAUAGAAAUAUCAGAACUGGCUAUGUUGGAAGAAUGCUGCGAAGAUGAUAGUGAAACUGAUGAUGAGGUUUCUAUUAAAGGACUGACGCGGGAGAAAAAGAGCGAAAGGAUGGAGCGAUUCUUUGACUCACAAGAGGAAGUCGCAGUGAACAAUAUCAAACCUGAGCCUCCUGUGAUCAAUACUCCACCAACUAGUAGCCCAGUAGUGCAAGCCGGACGGGAUACAGCUGCAUCAUCGCUGGAAGAUUGCCUACAACAGCUUUCUCGUUUUGCAGCAGGACAAAACGCAGCUAGUAACCAGCUAGCCGCAUUCAGCCAACUCCCUAAGAUCGACGUACCAAUCUUCUCUGGUGAUCCUCUGCAGUACACGCUGUGGAAAAUGCAUUUGACUAUACAGUGGAUUCAAAGCCAAUUGGUGAGCAAUACAAAUUGAAUUAUUUGAAUACAUAUGUCAGUGGCAAGGCUAAGGAGAUAUAUAGUAGAGCACCAUCUUUUGAUAGGAGGGAGUAAUGCAUAACAAGAGGCUUUGAAGCAGCUAGAGGAGAGAUUUGGUGAUCCCAAUACAAUAAGCGUCUCGUACACAAAGAAACUGACUUCAUGGCCAAAGAUCUCAAGCCGCGAUACCAGUGGACUUCGCAGAUUUUCUUCAGAAAGUUGUGGCUGCCAAGAAAAGAGUCCGCAACUUGGGAAUUUUGGAUUACCUUCAAGAAAACGUAAAGCUAGUGGAGAAGUUGCCAGGCUAUUUGGAGGGAAAGUGGCGUGAUGAAAUCGAUAGAUGGCGUUCUCAUAAAGGCCCAAAAAAGCUUCCCUUCGUUCACAGAAUUUGCCGAGUUUGUUAUGAGAGCUGCAAGCAAGGCAAAUAUCCCUGAAAUGGAGCCAUUAUCCAAGGAGUCAAAGCUGACCUUCCAAGCGACUCAAAGGAGUACGAAAGCAAGGACCUUUGUUACAAAUGGACAAGGUGGUGAACCAAGCAAGCAGUCCAAGGCAUUGUCUAAGCAUAGGCAUGGCCGCUUCUUAAUGUGAGAAGAUAUAGUAGUCUGGAUAGACAACUUCCGGUAGAGGGGAUUAACAUAGUUAAUUAUUAAUGAAUUAUUAAUAAUUAGUUAAUUAUUAAUUGAUUAUUAGUUAAUUAUUAAUUAAUUAUCAAUUAGGUGUUUGUUGAUAUCGGUGAGGUCAAAAGCGAAGAGUCGUUAUGGGGAUGAACAUAAUUAAUUUUGAAAUUUAUGUUAGACAAAGCGGUCAAGUUGGACAUGGAUAUUUUUUGUAAUGUGUGGAGAGUAUGGAUUGAUGAUGGGACAAUAGAAUUAGGGAUGUGUGUUGGUCAAGUUCACUCUUGGUGGUUUUGGAUGCAGGUAGAUGUUUGCCAAGCAGCUCAUCUGUGCGUGUGGAGAGUAUGGAUUGAUGAUGGGACAAUAGAAUUAGGGAUGUGUGUUGGUCAAGUUCACUCUUGGUGGUUUUGGAUGCAGGUAGAUGUUUGCCAAGCAACUCAUCUGUGCGUGUGGGGAGUAUGGAUGCAUAUUUUGGAUGCAGGUAGAUGUUUGCCAAGCUGCUCAUCUGUGCGUGUGGGGGGUAUGGAUGCAUAUUUUGGAUGCAGGUAGAUGUUUGCCAAGCAGCUCAUCUUUGUGGGGUCUUGGAUGCCGACAGGUGUUUGCCAAGUAGCCUCAUCUUUGUGGAGAUGAGACCCGAUAGGUUAUGAAACGUCAUCUGGUCAGUGGGGGGCGUGUGCAAGCUCGUGAUUGGUGAACUCGUCGAAGGAAAUGCUGUGAUUGGUCGGCGGUGUGGUGCAUAAGAAUGUGUAGAGUUGUGAUAGCUAAUUGGUUGAAACGUCAGUCGGUAUCUGGUCAGUGAGGUGGUCAUUGAGGCGUGUGCUAGCGCGUGAUUGGUGAACUCGUCGUAGGAAAUGCUGUGAUUGGUCAAAGGUAUGGUGCAUACAAACGUAUGGUAAAGGAAAGACAUAAAUAGCGGGAAAUUCAAAGUGGAUGGUUAUCAUUUUUGCCCUGAGCUACAGACUGAGAUCACAUCAACUUCGUUACUUCGAUACUAGUCAUUCAUCUUCAUCAUGGCUUCAUUCAACCAGAAAUCCUCCAAAGCCGAAGAAGCAGUCGCAGCAGCACCAUUAGCAGUAGCUAAGGAGAGAGUGCCUGAGCAGAGAAAGAUCACGAUACCUCCCCCUUCUGGAUUCGAAGCAUUUAUGGCAUCUGACGGUAGCAAAGGCGGAAAUUGGAUCACGGUGCGGGAACAGGCGGGUUGCCAUUUUAGCCAGGAGUUAGAUACUUACGAAUUUGAGGAAGGGUCAAAACCUUUCCACUUGGGGGGAAGACGUUUUGCGGCGGUGAAGAAAUUUAGGGGUGUCCCCUACAUUAAUAUUAGGGAAUAUUAUAAAUUAAAAGGAACAAGGAGAAUGCUUCCCGGGCAGAAGGGCAUCAAUUUGACUGCGGAAAAUUGGUGGCAUUUGGUGCAGGCCAAAUUUGACAUUAGUAAAUCUGUCCGGGAAUUGAGCAAUGUAAAAAAAUAAGAUUGCACUAAUAUCCUAGCUUACUUUGGUUCUUAUAAUGUAUAAUGUAUUUUUUCUGUAAAUUUUGUUUUAAAACAUUAGUUAAAAAAAGAAGAAAAUAAUUGAUAAACAACAACAACAACAAAAACCCAAAAUGAAGUGUUCUAAAAAUGAAAAUACAAAUUUAUAUAAAAAAAUAAUGAUUAAAAGAAAAAAAAAAAAAACUCCUGACUGACUGGAACCCAUUUCCUCUUUUCCGUAUCCAGAACGUGGUCAACAAGAUGGAGGAGGAACUGAAUGGUGCAGCCUCUCUCUCAAGAACGGUAGAACCAGCCCCUACAUCGCCAAAAACACCCGAACUGUUCAUCCUGAAUGAUGAUGACGAUGCGUCACCCCCACCAGCCCCUGUGGUAGCUGGCCGCCACCGUCUUCAAAGGCAACAUGCUGUCAUGGUCCAUGCUACACCAUGUGGGAGACCAGUCAUGCCAGUGGUAACUGAAGAGCCAAGGAUAGGAGCCGCAUCGAGGCAACCACCACCACCACCAUCCCCUGAAAUAGUCGUCAUUUCGGAUGACGAAAAUGGUAACGUAGACGAAACCAUCAACAAUCUUUUUCCGACAAUACGCCGAAGAUUAGACUACGAAAUGGAGGAGGAUGAAGAGGGCAAGGAGGAGGAGGAGGAGGAAGAGGUUGAUGAUGACUCGGGGAUGGAAGAGGGGGAGAUAGUUGAACCGGAGGACUCAGACAUGACAGAUGUCGCGGAGAAUAUUCCGGUAAGAAUGAACGUACCCUCUGGCCCUCUUAUAAUGGCAAUAAACUCGUUGACAAAUAAAGUAAACGAAGUUGUCUACGAGAACUGUAUAGGGUGUAUUAAUGAAUGUGGUGGGCAGCGAGACCACCCUGAAUGUUUAUGGUUAUCAAGAAACGAAAAGAUUGAUAAAUAUUUUGAAGCAGCGUUAGCCAGGUUAGAUUUUAAAGAUUUUUUCAACCAAUUUGAUAACGUAUACAAUGUAAAAUGCAUGUUUGAAGAAGAUCAAGAUAUGUGUGUCGAAGAAGCGUCAAGCUUCUAUCAUUUUGACCUUCGAAAAAACGAUAUAAAAUCCCAUUUAAAGGCAAAACUGAAAGAAAUGUAAUGGUUCAGAGAACUAAAUGUGAAUUCUACAAAAUUUGAUUUUUUUUUUUACUUGUCUCUCCCCCUCCCCUUGGAUAUUGUGAUGCUUAUUUAACUAAUUUUUGGUUCAAAACCAAAAGAGCUAUCUUGAAAUAUUACUUAGAUUUUUCUGAUGUUUAACUUUAUUGAACAACCUGUAAAGACAUUUAUUUGUUAGAAUGAUUUUGUUGUUGUUGAUUUUCUGAUGUUUAACUUUUAUUGAAUAACCUGUAAAGACAUUUAUUUGUUAGAAUGAUUUUGUUAGUAUGCAACUGCCAAAAAGACAAAUAUCAAUUUUGAAUCUAAAACCAAAAGAGCUAUCUUGAUAUAUUACUUUGAUUUUCUGAUGUUUAACUUUAUGAAUAACCUGUUCAAAAAUGUUUUCCAGUCAGUUAGGAUUGGUUUAUUUUUCAACCUAUCCUUUGUUAGUAUACAACUGGUAAAAGAUGAUAAUCAAUUCUUUGUACUUUAAACAGAAUUUCAUUUAUGUUUUCUUAAUUUCGUUUGUAUAUGCACAUAUUUGGUUAUUUUCCUUUGUUAAUAUUUUGUUUUAAACGCUGAUUUCUUCCUUGCAUUAUCAGUAAAUUUAUUCGAGACAAAACAUUUAAUUAAGUAUGAAAUAAUCUUUUCUUUGCAAAAUUAUUUAAAGUUUGUAAAAAAAAAGGGGAAAAAAGAAAAUCAGGCCGAAUUUAAUAAGUUGUUAUAUCAUGUUUAAUUAGAAUAACGUUGAUCUUAAAACACUGAAGAAGAAAAAAGGGUAUGUUUGUUGUUGUUGUUGUUUAAAAUGUUUUGAUCAUUUUUUUAUGUUUAUCAGUGUACAUUUCAUUUUGAGAAUUUGGUUAAUACAUAAUCAUCAAAGUUACGAUGUGGUGCAGCUGAAUCAGAGAAAGUAACAAAGAUAUUGGUAAUAAAUUGUACACAUUACUUUUGAGAGAGAAAAAAUA